AUGAAAUUUACUCAAGCCACUUUAAUUGCUGUCUUAGCAUCAUCAACUUUCGUUUCAGCUGCUCCAGCUAUUGUUUCAGAACAAACUAUGGUCAAAAGAGAAGAUAUUAAUGAUGUUUUAGCCAUUUUAAAAGAAUUAAAAGCUCAUCAAGCUAAAAGAGAAUUUUUAGAAGGUGAUGAAUUAAUUGAACAUGAUAAAAGAGCUGAUUCAGUUUUAGGUGAAUUAAUUACUGCUUUAGCAAAUUCAGGUAUAAUAAAUGAUGUUUGGACUGCUUUAACUACAAAUCCAGCUAUCACAACUACUUUACAAAACAUUAUUCAAGCUGCUAUUCAAACUGCUGUUGUUCAAGGUCCAGCUUUAAUUGAAGCUGUUUGGAAUUCAGGUUUAUUAGGAACUAUUUUCAACAAAUUUUUAAAUGAUACUGAUUUAAGAAACGCUUUCUUAGAUGUUGCCAAAUCAAUUUUUGGUACUGCUGUUAAUUUAAUUACUUCAUGGUUAUCAGGUGGAUCAUCAUCAGGUACUACUACUACUGCUGCUGCCGCUGCCACUGCCAAAUCUAGAAGAGAAAUUAUUGAUGGUUCAGAAUAUUUAGAUAAAAGAGAUUUAGCUUCAAUUAUUGGUUGGAUCGUUCAAGAAAUUUCAGACUCAGGAAUAGUGCAAUCAUUAGUAAACAAAGUUAUUGCUGAUCCAGCUGCUUCAAUUAAUUUCUUAACUUCAGCUUUCCAAACUGGUUUAGUUGUUGCUGAAGAUGUAUACUCAUGGGCUAAAUCUUCAGGAUUAUGGGAUUCUGCUUUAUCAUACAUUCAAGCUAAUGCUGGUACUUGGGCUGGUGCAAUUGCUUCAUUCUUAGGUAAUGCUUUAUCAAGUGGUCAAAUUUCUGCUUCAGACAUUAAUAAUGCUUCAGGUUCAUUAUCAAGUGCUAUUACUGCUAGAUCAGUUUCUGCUGCUGCUGCUGCUCCAGCUGCUUCUGCUGUUAAAACCACUUCAGUUGCUGCUGCCGCUGCUGUUACUACUUCAGUUAAACCAACCACUACUGCUGCCGCUGCUGCUGCUACUCCAGCUACCAAUGCUAAUGCUUUAAGUUCAUUAGUUACUAAAUAUGGUACUACUACUGCUGCCGCUGCUCCUGCUGUAAAUACUAAUGGUUUAGCUGCUAACUUAAAUCAAUUAGUCAGUGCUGCUAACCAAGCUGCUGGUUCAUUAAAACAAAGAAGAAACUAUUAG